AUGCUCGAUGGGUCGAGCCCCCAGGCUGGCAAGAUCUGGAAAAAGGCUAACCUAACCUUCUCCUUUGAUGGCAAACGUAUGACCAAGACCUUCCUUAUUUGCAAUACAGGGUCCCAUGCCGCCAUCUUAGGGUUGAAAUGGUUGGACGCCCAUAAUCCGGAGAUUGAUUGGAAUUUGCGUACUCUCUCCUUCCCUCACACGCCACCGGAACAGGUUGCCAUUGCCGAAGAGGAGGAAGCUGACAAGAACCCCCUCAAAGGAGUACCCUCUGAAUACCACCAAUACGCCAAGGUAUUCGGAGAAGAAGAAUUUAACAAGCUUCCCCCGCACAGGCAUUACAACAUUGGCAUUGAGCUUAUGGAGGAGGGCCCCCUUAACUCGCCCCUUUAUAGCAUGACUGAUGCCGAAUCCGCCACACUAAAGGACUGGCUCAGGGACAAACUCAAGGCUGGGAAGAUCCGUCCCAGCAAGUCACCCAUCAGCUCCCCCGUCAUGUUUGUCCCCAAAAAGGAUGGAUCCCGUUGCUUGGUUGUAGACUAUUGUUGCCUAAAUAACCGGACCAAAAAGAACGUGUACCCACUACCCCGUCCCGAUGACCUAAUGGCCCAACUCCGUGGCGCCAAGGUGUUUACUAAACUGGACCUUUGGUGGGGUUACAACAAUGUCCGUGUCAAAGAAGGUGACGAAUGGAAAACCGCGUUCCGUACCAAAUAUGGCCUUUACGAAUCCCUUGUCAUGACCUUUGGCUUAACUAACGCCCCCGCCUCAUUCCAACACUUCAUGAACAACCUAUUUAAGGACCUAUUGGAUGUAUGCGUCAUCAUCUACCUCAAUGAUAUUUUGAUUUACUCUAAAGAUGACGCAUCACAUACACAUCACGUUCAUGAAGUCUUACGGCGUUUGAUGGGAAACCAGCUGUUCUGCAAAGCGUCAAAAUGUACCUUCCACGUUACCUCUGUGGAAUACCUUGGGAUUAUUGUCUCUGAUAAGGGUUUCAGCCUGGAUAAGCUCAAAAUCCAGGCGGUACAAGAAUGGCCGGUACCCACCAAAGUCAAGGAAGUCCAAUUGUUCCUGGGGUUUGCCAAUUUCCUCCGUUGUUUCGUCGCCAACUUCAGCCACAUGGCUAGGCCGCUACACAACCUAGUCAAGAAGGACACGCCUUGGAAAUGGGACACAAAGGAACAGGAAGCAUUCCAAGGGCUGAAGGACGCCAUAACUAACGCCCCUGUACUCCGUCACGCCGACCCGACCAAGCCUUAUUUCCUAGAAACGGAUGCUUCUGGUGCAGCCCUAGGCUCUAUUCUCAGCCAACGACAGGAAGACGGCCGCCUCCACCCGCUUGGUUUCUUAUCCAAAUCAUUCCAAGGAGCCAAGCAGAACUAUGACACACAUGAUAAGGAGCUCCUAGCAAUCAUUCGCUCCUUUGAGUAUUGGCGCAUAUUCCUGGAAGGCACCGCACACCCCAUCACGGUGUUUACAGAUCAUUGCAACUUGGAAUAUUGGAAAGAAUCUAGAACAUUCAACCAACGUCACGCCAGGUGGCACCUGUUACUAGCCGGGUAUAACUUCCAAAUUGUAUACCGCCCCGGGAAACAAUCAGGAAAGCCGGACGCACUCUCACGCCGAUCGGGCCAUGCCAAUAUACCUCCUGCCAAUCAGACCAUGCUCCCCGACCCUGUCUUUGCCAACGUAGCCUUAGUCACACCUGAGAAGGAACUUCAACGUCAAAUUGAGGCUAGUCUAGACCAAGACAAAUCCCUAGAGGAAAUAUUACAAUUCCUCCAGAACAAGUCCAAGGCACCUCCGUCCAUCAAACAAGCAUUCAAGGAUUACGAGAUGGAAGCAGGCCUGCUGUUCUACCAAGGGCAAAUUGUAGUACCAGACGUUGGGACACUGAGAACAGACCUACUCCGCAUAUUCCACGACAGCCCCUUGGCCGGCCACCCAGGCAGACAACGGACCUUAGAAUUGGUAUCCAGAAACUACUACUGGCCUGGUAUCCGAGCAGACACGUAUUGGCAUGUGGACUCCUGUGAAACGUGCCAACGGAUCAGGAAGCCCAAAUACGCGUCGAUCCCACCUCAGCCGCUUGAACUUCCUGUUAAACCCUGGCAACACGUGUCUUACAACAUGAUAGUAGAUCUGCCAAAAGAUGGAAACAACGACUCCAUCCUGGUCAUAGUGGAUAGUUUCACAAAGUAUGGAAUUUUUGUCAAAUGUUCCAAGAAGCUCAAGGCACCUGAACUAGCGGAAUUGUUCUUGGAGCACGUGUGGAAGCGGCAUGGUAUGCCCGAGAAAACGGUCUCAGAUAGAGGGAGGGUCUUCAAUAACAAAUUCCUAAAGGCGCUAUACAAACGCCUAGGAAUAGACCCGCACUUCUCCUCGGCGUACCAUCCCCAGAGCAACGGACAGACAGAACGGGUCAACCCAUCCAUUGAACAUUUCCUAAGGGCAUACUUGGGAGUCAACCAAAGGGACUGGACCAAAUGGUUACCAAUGGCCGAAUUUGCGUACAACAAUGCGGUCCACAGCAGCACAGGGAAGACACCAUUUAAAGCCUUGUACGGAUGGGAACCUACCCUGACACCUUCUAACGUACCCACGGACGUACCAGAGGCUGACAACUUAGCCCAAACAAUGGAAGCACAAUGGAAGGAAGUGGAAUCGGCACUCCGGCAAUCUAAGCAACGCAUGACGGCCGGAGAAGAUGGAAGCCCAAUAGAAUUUGAGAUUGGAGAGGAAGCUUGGCUGGACGCCAAAAACGUCAACCUCAAAACCUUAAGUCCAAAGCUUACAGAACAACGCCUAGGACCAUUUAAGGUCAUUGAGAAGAUCUCCAAUCGGGCCUACCGCCUGGAACUCCCUCCUACCAUGCGAAUCCACAACGUCUUCUACGUAGGGCUUCUAUCUAAAGUGAAAAGGGACAAGAAACGCACCUUUGAGAACCGCCCCCCACCAGUCACCGUGGACGGGGAAGAAGAAUACGAAGUAGAGGGGAUUACCGAUGCAGAAGAACGCAACGGGAAAUGGUUUUUCCGGAUAAAAUGGAAAGGUUACGGUUUGGAAGAAAACACAUGGGAACCUUGGGAGAAUCUAAAAAACGCAGAAAAAACUUUGAAAAAGUACAAGGAGGACAUGAGAAAGAAGGCCCUCGGCGCUGCCAAGGCCCUUAGAGGGGGGGCAGUGUCGUAG